AGCGAGCGUGCUAUUUUGACGCGCGAGUCCGACCAAUCCAAUUGCUAGACCAAAUCCAUAUCCAAGCUUUAAGAAUCAGUUUCUUCUUCUUCACCUAGAACUAUCACCACCAUAAUCCCAGUCACACAAACCAACCACCACCGAUUCAAACCCAGCCACCUGAAUCAACCACCACCAAAUCAAACCCAAUUGAACCUUCCGAAAAAUUAUCAACCAUCGACCGUGGCUUAGUGAAACCAAAUGGAAAUUUGUGACUUUGAAGAAGAUGAAGAUCUGUGACUUCAAAGGGGAAUAAGAGACCGUGGCUACCAAAAGUCAUGAGUUUUGUUGAUGCUCUUUUUGGGAGGUCAACUUAGAUAGGGAAGUCUUGGGCCUUCAGCAGUCCAAGAAAUAUUUAAGGCUAUCAUAUUAGACUCUCAAAGUGCUAGAGUCAUAGGGUUUGCUCUAUUAACGGCUAUGCCAAUGUCAGAAACAGUAGAGUUUUUGGCAUCGGGGAAGAUACAGGCAAAUGAGUUUGAUGCGUUGGUUUGUAGCAGUGGAAGUGAAGUUUACUACCCUGGUACUUAUACAGAAGAAGAUGGAAGACUUUUCCCUGAUCCAGAUUAUGCAUCACAUAUUGACUACCGUUGGGGUUGUGAAGGUUUAAAGAAAACCAUUUGGAAGCUGUUGAAUGCCCCUGAUGGUGAUCUAAAUUCCGCGGCUUCCAGCCACAUUCAGGAAGGUUUGAAAUCAAGCAACGCUCAUUGCAUCUCGUACUUAAUAAAGGAUCCUAGUAAGGCAAGGAAAGUUGAUGAUUUGAGGCAGAAACUCAGGAUGCGGGGUCUGCGUUGCCAUCCAAUGUACUCCAGGAGCUCAACAAGAAUGCAAAUUGUUCCUCUCCUUGCUUCUCGAGCACAGGCACUAAGGUAUUGUUGAUAUUUAAAACUUGGAA